AUGGAAACCGAAAGUCAAGGCAGACAGGGAAAACGAAUGCUAAAAAAAGUUUUCGCCAGAACCGCUCUCAUCAUGAACAUAAUCGUCGUUGGGCUGAACGGGACGCCCCACACUUUCACGGUGCAGCCGCACGACACGGUGGGCUCCCUGAAGAGCCAGAUCCAGGCCAAGCUGGGACACAGCUCCCGGGGCCAGAGGCUGCUGUACGACAACGGCGCCAGGACGCCUCUGAACGACGACUCCAGGGCCCUCAGCUCCUACGGCCUCCAGCACGGCUCCCGGGUCUCCCUGCUCCUCACCCAGCCGGCCACCGUCCAGGUGUUCCUCAAGAACGAGAAGAACCAGACGACCACCUACGACGUCAAACCCGACCAGACCGUGGACGAGUUCAAGAGGGAGGUCCACAAGAGAGAGGGGGUCCCGGAGAGCCAGCAGAGGCUCAUUCACGAGGGCAAGGACAUGGCCUCCGGGUACAAACUGGCGGACUACAACGUCAGAGAAAUGAGCACCAUCUACCUUACUUUCCGCCUCAGAGGAGGCUAA